AUGGGAGAGUCAAGUUAUUUGGAAAUCUGCGGAUUCAGACUUCAUGUUCAUGUAGGUUGACGAUGACUUGAAGCAUUUGGAUGCUAAUAUCGAUGAGAUAAAAAACAGCAGUGUUAAUGGCAUUUUAUCGCUAAAAAUUUUCGUAACGCUUCAUAGCUUUUUUUAAUUCAAUGAAUCCUUCAAAAUUUUAGCUCUGAAUUUCAAGUGACGUCGGAAAUAAAUAAUUUUUUUCAGAAUUAAUCUUUUUUAUUCCAUAUUUUAAUUUUAAAAACGCAAAAAACACAGUGAGGGAACCGAUCCAGUGGAAAAAUGUGCCAUUUUGUAUCCGGGAAGGAUAAAAAAUGUGGCAAAAUGCUUCCCUCUCCAAGUGAAAAAAAUUCGUUUUAAAGGGCUUCCCUCACAAAAAGAGCGGGUUUUACUUUGGGAGGGAAGCAUUUUGCCACAUUUUUGUUACUUCCCGGAUGCAAAAUGAUACUUUUUUUGACAUGGGAUCAGGUCCCCCAGUGCAUAUUUGAAUGGUAUAAUAAAAAAAGCAACAAUAUGUUUUUCAGAAAGCCGUCUUCUUGAUUGCCGUAAUAGCCAUCGCUUUCACGCUACUCAACGCGAUAAUCAUGCUCUACAAUGGGAAGUUUGUGAUCCUCUUCUUCCCCGCCGUCUCUCUCGUCGUCAACCUGUUGCUGUUAUACGGAAACAUGAAGAAGAAAGGGAUCUUGUAUUGGCCUUAUUUGGUGUGGACGGUAAGUUUCUUUGGCAACUUUUAACUUGUUAAAAAUAAAAGGGGUUCUCAGGAAUUGACCCAGCAUAAAGAUGUGCCAAAAUUUUCACAGCCUUAUUAUUACGUAGAAGGUUGUUGUACAGAGGUUCCAUCAAACUGUAAAGCGAAUUGGAGCUCAUUUCCGAUAUCAAUUUCCUGUCUACAGCCCAUUUCCAACUCGUCGGGAAAAAGAGCAUCCGUUUUGCUGACCGUCUCUAAAUCAUUUUUGCAACAAAAAAAAGUUGUGAAGGUCAUUGUGAAGACCAAAUCUUACACCGAAAGAAGGGAGGAAUUUGUAGGAAAAGUAGUAAAAGUGCGACUCUCAGAUUUUGACGAAACUUGGCACAAAUUUAGAACAACUUUUCUAUAGAAGAUAUUCGAGACUUCUAGCUCGUGUUUUGCCGAAACGACCGAGAUUUUUAUAGAUCAAAAGUUGGGAAAAGGGAAACACUUUUUUUUGAGAAUUCUGGCAAGAAAGGUUACAUGGCAUAGGCUAAAACAGUCCGGUGAAUGGAUUGGCGAUUUGCCAAAAAAAGACGCGAAAAAACGUUUUGUCGGGAAAGAAAUGGGGAAUUUUUGGGGCGAGAGAGUGUGAUUUUGCGUGUCUUUUUUCUCUCUUUCUCUGCGAAAUCAAGACGAAGUGUAAAAAGCCGAUAGCGAAGGGUCUAUUCCGGUCACCGGACUCCUCAGUUCGUGCAUGGCUAUUUUUGCCGUAUGUUUUCACAAAAAAAACCAUUCUUUCGCACAAAGCUUCCGAAUGAAUGGUGAAAAAUGUUUUUCUCUGACUCCACCGCAAAUAUUGUUGAAGAUCUCAGCUGCGUCUGCAAAGCGCAAGCUAAAAUUCUUAAGAAUUGAUAAGGGGAAGAUACAGUAGUGGACCCGCAAAAAACGUAUUAUUUUGCAUCCGGGAAGCAUAAAAAAUGUGGCAAAAUGCUUCCUUCUGCAAGUGAAAAAAUUCCGAUUUCAAAAGAGCGCACUCUUUUUUUGUGAGAGAAAUGGCCCUUAAAAACGGUUUUUUCACUUGGGAAGCAUUUUGCCACAUUUUUUAUACUUCCCGGAUACAAAAUGUUAAAUUUUUAACUUCCGUUUUACAGCAGCGACCCAAGUUUUAUCUCCGAAAGUUGUUAAAAACUUGACAUCGUCGAAUCUAUAAUAACUCUCUAAAUUUCAGGCGAUCCUCAUUUGCAUCAACGCCGCCUACUUCAUCUACAUUGUUGGCUGCGCCUUGAACGUCUUCCACCCGUGGGCGUGGCUGGAUUACCACGUGGGCUUCAAAGAUACGGCCAAGUUCUUUACCGGCCAACGAGUUGUGAUCGGGAUCGCCUUCUUCGUGGUCACCUUCUUCUACGUGUUCUUUUCGUAUGUGGUUUACAAGGGCUUCAACUACUUGAAGACGUCGUUGCCUUUUUGA